GGCGGCGCGGUGGGGAUUUCGGGUGGAGAUUAGGGGGUUCCCAGUGUUUCGUGGACAGCGGCGGUGUAAGCACAAGUCAAGGUGGCGUCUGUUCAUUUAGCGAAAAGGAUUAAGUUGGAUCGCAGUGUAAUGGGGGGUAAGAGCAAAAAAAAGUCGAAAGGUAAAGCCACCGUGGACGGUGGCAACGCCAAAGGUCAAGCUAGUGAUGACGCAAUAGUGGAAAAUGCGUCUAAAGCGGAGCACCCGACUAGAAAUCGGUCCCCAGGUGACGUUUCGACCCAAAAAGAAACUAAAGAUAACGAUGUUUUUACAAAAAGUGACACGUGGAAAGAUAAUACGCGAAGUGAGAAUAGAAGAGAAAAUAAUGGUGGUUUUUACAAACCCAGACAAAGUGAGCCAAAUCGGGGUAAUAGGGAGUAUGAAGGGGAUAGAAGGACGGAUACGAAAAGGUAUUCUUUGAACGACAACGACCGUGGUAGAGGAAAACCAAGAGAUAAUUCUAAUAACAGAAAAAAAUACCGACCCAGUUUCCACCAAGACAGCGAGUUCCUCCAAUACGAAGACGAGUUCUUGUCCCACAAGGGCCACAUCGGAGAGUACACCAAAGUCAAGGAAGUCUUCAGCGACCUAUUCGACGUCCCGGAGGAAUACUCCUUGGCCCACUGCGUAGCAGAAGACAUGAACAUGGGGAGCGGAAUUGCAGUGCAGUUUCGGCAUAAGUUCAAACGCGUUGACGACCUCCUCAACCAGUAUCAAAGCAAAGGCGGCCUGGCCAUUCUGACGGACAAAGACCGCUACAUCUACUACCUAGUGACGAAGACAUAUUCCACGGGCAAACCCACCUACGCCACCCUGUUCUCCUCACUGAAGUGUCUGAAAAAGCACGUGGUGGAAAAGCGGGUGGAGAAGAUCGCCAUGCCCAGAAUCGGCUGCGGACUGGACAGGCUCGACUGGCCCAACGUGAAGUUCAUGGUGGAGUUCGUGUUCAGGGACGUGGACGUGGAGAUCGUCGUCUGCAACCUGGAGCCGACUGAAGAAGCUUCCCCCCAACAAAGACACCGAAACUGCAGAGUCAUCCACGAGACUUACGCCAUCGAAACUAUCGAGACCGGCACCGUCAUCUUGUACUUCUCCUCUGAAGAUGAACACGUCUCCGACGAAAUGCGCAAGCUCGAUGAGAAGUUUCAUUUUCUUUCGGACUUCCGAUACGCCAAGAAGAUCAAAGGGAACGUUAUUUUGUACACUAGGAAUCAAAAUUAUUUGAUUUGUGGCUGCAUUGUCAAGAAGACUGAGCGAGACCCGUUUGAUUUUAUCGCUUUGCAGAAGUGUCUUUCCGCCAUACAGAAAGAAAAUAGGAAAAGUAAAUUUUACUAUUACGCUUUUCAAGCGAUGAGGGAUGAAACUGAUGCUUGCAUUAACUACAAGAUUAUCAAUAUUUUGAGGAAUAGCUUGAGGGAGGUGGAAGUGUACGUUUGCUGGCCUGGGGAUUUGCAGACCGAGAUGGCCCCCAGAGACCGGUUUGUGGAUGAUAAGAGUGACGAGAAGUGGAAGCCCAAGGAGAAGAGUUUUGCCACGAAUUGGAGGGAUGGGGAGAAGAGUUUCAAUGAGAGUGGUGGCAGCGAGAAGACACAAAGUAGUAAUGUCUGGACGCCACAACCGCAGGGAAGUGGGAGUGGGGCGAACGACAGCCAGCUGGACGAAUCGUUCGUGAGUUCUGUUUCAAUGGGAGAAGACUUGGAGAGCAACAGUGCUUGGUUCCAAAAUUAUUCAACUCCCAAGUUGAAUGACAGUCUACAGAAUACUUCAUUGGGAAGUUUAGAGUGUAGCGGAUAUUACAGUAAUUCUUGGUUAGAAAGCGAAGAACGUGAUUCUUCAUUUGUGAAUUUAGAACAAAGCAGGGAAUGUGACGAUUAUUGGUCUGAAAGUAAGUCAGAAAUUGAAAGUCAGAAUUUUUCAAUGGAAUGUGAUUCAAACAAAGCUGAAAAUGAGAAUAAGACGCCAGAAAGGCAAGUGAUGAGUUCGUCGUCGCAAAGCAAUAAUUGGGGAUCAAAGGAUUCGUAUCAGAAACCUUCAUACCAACAACCCCAGAUGGAAAAACUCACCCAAGCCCCCCCACGCACCCAAGAUAACGAAUACGAGUCAUUCCAGCGGGAUUUGGAGAGUGGCAGUAUACCUGACUCACUGAAGGAAAGUUCAGAUCUUCCCAAACAAUAUUCUCGAGUGUGCUUCGCCCGAGAAGACCUAAUCAUACCCAGCGGCGUGGCCCCAGGAGAGGAUAUCUCCCCCCACAUUGGUAAACUCCUCAACCAAAAACAACCAAGUGGAGGCUUGGCGUGCGUCAAAGAAGGAAGCAACUUCCUCUACUGCUUAAUCGUCAGUCCUCCAAACAAACCCGUGACGUCACGGGCAGUUUUUUCCGCCAUCCAGAAACUGCACGACCACGCUAGCAAAAACUACGUGAAAAAACUAUCCAUACCGGUUCUAGAACCCACCACUGAUGACGAAAUAUUGUGGUCUGAAGUCAAAAGCAUGUUCCAGUACCUUCUAGGAAAACGACAGAUUGAAAUGACCGCUACAACUUUCAAACCAGUUAACGAUGUCUUCCUUUUGACACACAACAAGUGUAAAUUAAACCAUUCAAGAUCCGCCAUCCACCAAAUCAAGAAGAAAACCAUCAUUCUUUACCUAACGUCCGCCGAUGGUGAGUUUACCGAAGAAAUGACCAGCUUGAUGCGGAAAUUCGUCGACUUCGCGGAAAGUUUCCGCAGGAGUCGGAAAAGCUCUGGGUGCUUGAUAAAGCACAAAGAGAAUGAAGAUUACGUGUUGUAUGGGUGUGUGGCUCGGCGCGGCAACGGUGUGGAUUUCGAGGAGCUGCGAAAAUGCAUUUGUGAGGUUAACGAAAAAAAUAAAGAGGAGCAGUUGCCCCAUUUGGCGAUUCAAGCGGGGAAGGAUCAAGAUGUUAAUUUUAAAAUAAUGUCGGUCUUGCUGUAUUGUUUGCGAAAUAUUAGCAUCACCAUGUGCUGGCCUGGAGAUCUGCGCGCUCUCAUGCCUUCAAAAUAAGAUUUUGUAUUAAUUUUAUCUUUACUGUGUGAAUUUAGCGAUUGUUUUAAAGGGGCAUUAUGAAUGCUUCGUAGUUUACAAGUCUAUUUAUACACUCUGUUUUAUGUAUCAGACUCAAUUCAGCAAAUAAAAAUAACAUGACUUUA